AUGAAUACUUCAUUCAACAAAUAUAGUUCAUCAUUACCAAAAUUAUAUCAAUAUUCAAAUUGGGAAUUACCAGCAAAUAAUGUUGUAUUAUCUCAUUCAUUAUUAGCAUUAUCUGGCUAUAAAGAACUCAUAGAAGAAAAACAAUCAACAAUUUCACAUUUAGUUGGUUUAUCACGUGUAGAAGCUAAUUAUGUUUUACUAGAUGAAACAUUUUAUCAAUUAUUAAUUAAUGAACAUUAUAAAUUGUGUGAAUAUUAUUCAUUAGAAAAUAUUAAAAAACGAGAAGAAGAAGAAAAGAUUCGAGAAGAAAAUUUUGAAAAAGCAAAAGAAUUAAAUGAUUAUAAAAUAAUAGAAAAUAUGACAUAUGAAAAUAUUUUUCGUGAAUCAAAACACAUUCAAAUUGAACAAGAUAAAAAUAAAUGUGAACAAAGAAAUUUAGAAUUAAAUAAUAAUUUAAAAAAUGUAUUUCCUAAUCUCAAUGAAUUAAAACAUGGUGAUAUUAUACAAUUUAGAAAUGAACGUUUACAAUUUUCAUUUUAUGUUUAUAAAGCUCAAAAAGGAACAUUCGAACAAUUAUUAAAUAAAUUUAAACAAUACAUACAAAAAAUUAUUGAACAAAACGGUAUUAUAAAUGAAAAUGAUCGUUCUAUUAAUAAUUUUAAAAUAUUUUCUAAUAAUAAAUAUGAAUUAAUUUUAAUUCCAUCAUUGGGAUCAGAUGGUUAUGGAAUUCCAUCUUUAUUUAAUGAUGCACCAUUAUAUUAUUUUAAACAUCUUUCACCUGGUUUAAUGUAUCGAUGGAUCUAUUUACAAUUAAUUAAUAAAUUAAUGCCUAUUUAUAAUAUUAUUCAAAAAGAUAUUGAAUUAAAAAAACAAUUUCCAACAUAUCGAACAUUAGUAGAUGAAGGUGGAUAUGUAGAAGAUAUUUUAAUUAAUGAAUUAGAAGAUGGUGAAGAAAAGAUAAUUGAAGAUUUAAAUACAUUUCCAGAUGCUUAUGUAUUUAUUUAUGAUGAAGUUAGAACAAAAUUAAAUAUUGAUUGGAGAAAAAUUGAUUCUAAUGAUUAUUGUAAUCAAUAUUCAUCUAUGUAUUUAUUAACCAAAUGGACACAACAAUUACAAUAUGAAAAUUAA